UCUGUAGUCGGCAAAACAAUAUUCCUACGAACAUUUUUGGACAAUGAUUAAAAACUGGCCUAGUAUGUGCCGGACCACCAAUAGUGAAGGAUUCCAUGCCUGCAUACGAUACGAAAGAAAAAAGAAAAGCAUCAUACUAAACGCUAUACUAGCAAAAACUUCGCAACAUUUAAAACUCAUUAAAACUCAUAAAGCGUGCGCUAAGAUAGUCCCUGCUGCGAAUCUCAACUAAUCCUCGGUCCUGCGCUGCACUGCGAGUUGUGUGCAUUCUGUUAUUACUAGUGUUAUUACAUCCGUUGACCUGUAGUGGUUUUUCUUACAUAGGGGUGGGAGAGGGUCAAAUACUUGCAAAAAAAUGGUCUCACCUAAUAAAUGAAUGGCGCCCAACCACGUGCCAAUUAGAGUUCGCCUAAAGUUUUACGAGUACGUUGCACACACUGAUAUUUUCCUUGAAAAGUCUGUGCAGAAUUGUAUUGUGGUAUAGUUUCCUAUUAUUUUCCUAUUACCUAUUCUGUGGUACAGUUUCAUGGGUUCACCAAUAGCGACGGGUAGGUACAAAUGUGUCGCGUAACACGCGCGCGUGCCCGCGCCGCGCCGCGCCGGAUUUCAGUAAACGGUCCGACAUGCUUCUGUAUCUGGCAAUACUCAUCACCAAGCUGUGCUUCUGCGAGAGCGUGACAUCGAUCGAAAUAUUCGAUUUGUUUGACGAAAACAUCGAUGUGGAGCUGCCGGAAAUUGAUACUAACGGCAAAGACUUCGUGACUCGCAGAGAGAUUGAGAGAAUCGAAAAUGCUACGGCAUGCAUCGCGAACGCUGACUGUACAGAUGGAUCCAUCCACAACGACCAACACAUUAAUGACAAUAUAACAACAACAAUACAAUCCUUUAAAGUCAUAUCCGGUAAUAAUACAAAUAUAAUGCCUAGCAAUGAAACAACACACGAAAACAUACCCCUUCGGCAGUCGGGUAAUGGAGGGGAAUACCAAAACAUGCUUAAUAAUUCUUUACCCGCAACUCCAAACAGAACAACUAAGUAUAGUGAGAGCGUUACGCAACCAUCCUACACAAUACCGCCCAUUCCCUUCUCAUGCCCUGAGGAAGAAACCCCGGCUAAUAUUGGCCCCUACGAAGUGCCUACACAAAGAGACUUGGUACUGCAUAUACGGAACCAUCUCUUAGCCAUGUACCGUGGUUUCCAUGCUAAGGCUAUGUAUUUUCUUAAGGAUGUGAAAGAGGCAACACAAGCAUCCUGGUCACGGAAAAUGUUGUGUCAUGGUCCCACCGAGCUGAUGCACUACCGGCGUUGUGUGCGCUGGGUCGGCGAUCUGAGCGUGCUCACCACCAAGAGCCUGGUUACUGCCCUGGAGACCGCACGGCAUCACAUCAGCACCCUUAUCCAGGGAAAAAUCUGCAAUAUUUCGGCCAUGAGCAUCGACCCGAUCCACCUGAUUAGGAUUCUAGCCGCGGAGAAGGUCUCCCUGGAAUUUGCGCUGCCCGACUUUCUCAGGCAACUCGACGCUUGCACAAGGCAUUGUCCGGGUACCCGAUUGAAACUUCCGCAUGGAUAUCUUAGCAAUGCGCAUUUAACGGAUAAAAACUUCGUAAUAAGACAUUAUUUAACACAACAGAAUUUUAAUCAACAACUCAAACAACAAUAUAACAUUUAAACGAAUUUAAAAUGAACACGUCCGUUUUGAACGCACCUAUAACUAUCAUACUAUGAAUCGAGCUUUCACAGAUAGUACGCAUACCGCAAACUAGAUGGCGCCACUAUGUAUGAACUUUUGACGUGAACUUGACUGAAAGUUUUUAGAAUAACUUAACCAAAAUACUUAGCUAAGCUUUUAGCGGAAUGUGCAUAGUGAUUAUCGUGGGAAGUGAACAAAAACUAUAAUUAAAUUUUAAUACAAUGCAUGAGAAGUGUU